AACAUUCGUUUUUUACAGAAAAGUUUAGUACAGCAAAUAAUUGUAAAUAAACUUUCAAAUUUUGAGCUACCUCACUUCAUGCAGCUUUAUCAUGCUCACGCUUCUUUUCGAACUUUGAAAUUCAUAAUGGCUGCAUAAUUGACGUCACAAGGACCAAAGAAUUAUAGGAUGCCUCACGGUGAUAUAUUCUACUGACUAAUUCGUGUUUAGAAUGCCUUGUUGAUAUGUUUCGAAGUAUUAAAUAUUUAUGAGAUAUAGAUGAUUCAUAACGAUAGAAAAAAAUUUUGUUGUUUGCUUAAUGCAGAAUUAUUUGUUUUCUUUUAAAAGCAACACGUUUGUUAAGUACUGUAAUAAUUAUGUCUUCUUCGGAUGAGUCGGAAUCAGAAUGUUCUAACGUUGUACUUGGCUUCCAGUUUGAACCUAAACGUAGGGGGGAUUUGUCAGACUCAUCGUGGGUGACAUAUGACAGUGAUAGCGAUGGGGAAAUAGCAGAAUUAAGGAUUAACCUUGACGCUACAUCGUGGUGUAAAUGCAACAAUUGCCGUCAAAUGAGCACUGAAACUGAAUGUUUUUGCUGUCACAAACUGGAAUCAAGUCAUAUAUAUAACCUACAAGGUGUGUACUUUUUAGCGGGAUAUACGAAACAUUAUAUGCUGAUUAUUAAGUUAUUAAAAAUAUAUUCUUUAGAAAUAAACUGUAUAGUCAAUCACGAAGAUUUCGACCCUAUUGUUUUAGAAAGGAAAUCUCUGGACUGCUUUGGUUGGAUGUAUGAUAGAGAAUCGACAUAUCUUCCUCUAAGAAAUGACGUUUCCAAUAAAACAUAUUGCUAUGCUUCUUACCGACAGUUCACGUGGUAGGUUCACAACAGACUUGGCAAAUCUGUGCAAAGGGUCAUCCCGUCAUGUGCAGAGACAAAAAUUCGUGAUGCUUAUCCAGAGCUUGACGGGGUAUACACAGAAUAUAUGGAAGGGCGUUUAGUUCCUGAAAAUGAGUUAACAUGGGUUUUCCAUGAUGCCGAAAAUGUAUUUUAACUUAAUUAAAAAAAAUUAAAAAAAAAUAAAAAAUAAUAUGUACAAAUUACAUAAAAUAAAAAGUAAAACAAAAUGAUGUCAUUCGUGAGUAUUUAAUUGAGUUUUCAAAAAUAUUCUCUCUACAGGGCCUUUCGGCAGGGGUAAUGAAGGCUCGUUUUUUUCCCGGACGGCAAUUACAGGUGCCUUUCACCUACCAAUUAUAUUUGCCCAUAAAAUCACUUCUUUAGCAACAAGGCAGUACAUUUUUUUCCCUUUCCUUUUCACCUCGCUAAUAAUCUUUUGUGGUUUGUUAUCAAUCACUAACCAAAUCUGUUAAGCAUGGUCAACAAACAAAUCUAGAAAGAAUUAUUUAGAGGUAACCCUUUCGUUAUAAACAGACCCUUUGUAAUGACUGACCGCUUACGCCAGGUUGGGUUGUUUUGAUUCUAUCACGGAUCAAUUUCACUACCCGAGCAGAAAGCGGUAUAAGAAACAAGGCCUGUGCGUCUGAUGAAGCCCUUGUUUCUUAGGUCAUCCCUUUACCCACACAACAUCCUUUCUUAUACGAUACUUCGAAUCCUCCACUGGAGAGUAGGGACACCCAAUCAAAAAACAUGUUUACAAUAUGAAAAAGAAAAUAUUUUUAAAGCUAAUUAGAAUUGUGAUAACGGAACAACUUCUUAAUAAUUAAUUUCAUAUAGAAAUCUCGCUUCGUCGUUUUCAUGCUGCAAAGACGAUGUGGUUUUGGCUCUUGUGACGUCAGGAGGUAUCCUGAUGUUUUUUUCAAGAUUUUGAAGCGUGUUUUUAAUGCUGCAAUGAUGGUGGUCGAAGCACAAGGUUUUAUGAAAACAUGGAAUAAGUAAAUCGUGUUUAUGCUUUUAUUUUGCAAGUAAAUCAUUAAAUAAUACUUUUUUCUAUAAUGUUUUAAUGGUUUCUUUCGGUUAAGAUGAACUUGUUAUAACGUCGGAGGCAACCUUUAAAGCUAAUUAUAAUUGUGAUAGCGGAACAACUUCUUAAUAAUUAAUUUCAUAUAGAAAUAUCGCUUCGUCGUUUUUAAGCUGCCAGACAGUCUGUGGUUUUGGCUCUUGUGACGUCAGGCGGUAUCCUGAUGUUUUUAUCAAGAUUUUGAAGCGUGUUUUUAAUGCUGCAAUAAUGGCGGUCGAAGCACAAGGUUUUAUGAAAACAUGGAAUAAGUAAAUCCUGUUUAUGCUUUUAUUUUGUAAGUAACUCAUAAAAUAAUACUUUUUUCUAUAAUGUUUUAAUGGUUUCUUUCGAUUAAGAUUAACUUGUUAUAACGUCGGAGGCAACCUUUAAAUUCCCAGUCUCCAAACACUUUGAAUCAAACAAAUCAUCAAAGUCAGAAAAGGGAUAAGAUUUUUCUUUACCGCGUUACGCAGAAACUGGACCACAUCACGAAUGCUAACAAUGCAAUUAUAAUAGAACGUUUUGAUAAAGCAUUGGCAGGCUUGUAUUUACUUAUUGCAACUUCUCACCUUGUAAUAAAGCUAUGUUGCGUAAACUGUUAUCUUUAAGAAGGAAUUGUCAAGACAGGUUAAUGAAUGUAUAAAAUCGCAAGAAGUAAAGUAUGGACUAUAUCUUUAAACACAGAUGGUCUAAGUAGACUAAAAAACUUGAAUAACAUUUUUUUUGUAGAUUCUUAUAGUACAAAUGGGAAGACAUCA